CCAGUUAUUGCUUCAUACAGGAGGAGCUACUGCUAUCUUUGACUGGCAGGUGUUUUCAGUAAGAAUGGAUCAGAAAAUUCCUUAUGAUGACUACCAGCUCCCAGUGGUAUUCCUGCCUUCUUAUGAGAACCCACCAGCAUGGAUACCACCGCAGGAGCGGGUUCAUCACCCUGACUACAACAAUGAGCUCACCCAGUUCCUACCUCGCACCAUUGUGUUGAAGAAACCGCCAGGAGCACAGCUGGGUUUCAACAUCCGCGGGGGCAAGGCGUCACAAUUAGGAAUCUUUAUAUCCAAGGUGGUUCCAGAUUCAGACGCCCACAGAGCAGGGCUACAGGAGGGGGACCAGGUUCUUUCUGUGAAUGAGGUUGAUUUUCAAGACAUAGAGCACUCAAGAGCUGUAGAGAUUCUAAAGACUGCACGAGAAAUCCUGAUGAGGGUUCGCUUCUUUCCUUACAACUACCAAAGGCAAAAGGAGAGGACUGUGCACUAGGUGGCAGCAGAGAGAGAAGGAGAGGUGGACGGACACUUCACUGCACGUCAUUACCUUCCUCCCACAGACUCUGGCCUCAAAUCUGUCUCAGCUUCAAGAUGACUGAUGUAUGACUAACAGUCUCCAUCAAAGUCCACCACGUAAGGAGAACCUAUACUCUGUCAAAGGCCCAGUUUCAAAGAUCACGCAUGCUGUCUUUGAUCUGCACUGAUUGAUGAUGAAUUCGACUCCAUCAGGAGGUAUUCGCAGGAAAUUACUUUUAUAGCUUUUUGGCAUGCGGAAAUGUGUAAGCAGAACCUUUGUAGACAUUUUAGUGACACAUAAUAGCACUGAUAAAUAUUUUCUAGUUAGGCGUAACAUUCUUAGCAUAUGAAUACCUAAUUCAGAAUAGCCUUUUCUCACAUUUCCCCCCAAAGUCCUGGUUAUACAUUUCUUCUAAUGACUUGCAAAUGUGGUAUAAAGUUCAGAUUAUUUCAUCCCACACUGAUAUAAAAUAGAGACAUAUAUCUCAGUACACACUGACACAUUUAGUACAGAGACAGCAUAGACCUUUCAUAGUAUAAGACUAAUAGUGCAAGACUUCUGGUAAGAUUUAAAUAUCACUGAUCUAUAUAUUACUGAAUAUAUUGUACAUCAGUUUUUAAAUAUUUAACAAUUAUUUGUAAUUAUGUAUAAAAUAAUUUAUGUAAAUAUACUUUUCAAUGACUGCGCUUGAGGACUACUUAACAUUACUUAAAUAUUGUCUAGUAGUUUUUAUGUUUUAUACAUCAUACAUAAUGCUCCUGGGUUGAACUAUACUGUUGUUACUUCAUGUAUAAACUGUAUAGAGGUGCCAAACUGUUUUUAAGUAUGACCUUUAGCCUGCUAUUAAAUUGCAGAACAUGUAUCCCAGUGCAGCGGCAGGGCUUGACAUGGAGUGUUUAUCUGUGUGCAGUGGAGGCUCGGAGGUUUGCAGGUUUUCAAUCCAAUUAAUUAUAGCCUGGUGCUUUCAAAUUUUUGGUCUCUGUGGUUGGACAUAAGUAAAAUCGGUAAAUGCAACCUUUGGCUGGCAAGUAAAUCUGCAUACUUUGGAACAUUCAUAGAACACCGAUGAAUGCCUCUGGAGCGCAAUGCGUUAGGCUUUUUAAUGUUCAUCUGCCACAACAUUAGGAACACAAGUGAAGUUGGAUGUCAUGGAUCGUUUUGUUAUAAUCUGCUGGGAAACUGCACUGCAAGAGCUGCUCAGGAACAGCUUGAGGAACAUAAAGAGCCCAAGGUGUUGACGUGGCCUACAAACGCCACGUAUCCCAAUCUGGUCAAGCAUUCGCAGGAUGUGCUGGAAUAAGUCUGAUCCAUGGAGAUUCUUCUGAGGCCUCAAACCAAAACCCACAGGACCCAGAGGAUCCACUGCCAGCACACCAGAGCCAAAUACCACAGGAGACCACUGAAGGUCCUGUGUUCAUGGCCCGAUGGCACAAGGGCACCUAUCCAAUAGACAGGUGGUUUUAAUGUUGUAAAGUACAUUCAUGUAUUUGUAAACACUUGUGAGGGUUAACUGUCUGCUGCAUCUCAACACUGGCUUAUUUUGUUCAUCACUUUCAUGAAAAAGGAAUAUUGUUUGGUUUUCUAUUUGAUUUUUUUUUUUUAAUGACCUGAAACAUUUUUCAUAAAGUAACAAUAAACUAACAAGAUACAAAAAGUUUUGAACUCUA